AUGAUUUUCUUUCUGAGUCACCUGGAAAUGCUGUUCCUCAGCAUGAUUGCUGCUGUGACAAUUGUGGGCUGUUUAAUUGGCAUUGUUGAGCCCUAUUUGCCAGUCUUCUUGGCUCAAUCUUUCCGCUAUGGCAAAUUCUCCCUCAAAGAAGGUCGUAACCAUCUCGUUGGACGCUUAGAAGUUCCUAAAUCUUCCUUCAAGCACUUCUACGUUUUUGCCUUUUUGUGGUCAACAACUGCCCUUUACCUAGUCCUACGGACUUGUGUAGCCGGAAGACCUGCCCCAGAGUCAGUGAUUGACUUUCUGGAUUUCUUUUGCGGAAAAAGUCGCACAGAGAAAAGUACUCCCCUUGAGACACUUCUUGUCACAAUUUGCAUGUUUGCCCAAUGCACUCGACGCUUCUGGGAAACGCACUUCCUGCAAAUCUUCUCCCGCUCCAGCCGUAUCAAUAUCGCCCACUAUCUCGUGGGCUAUAUUCAUUACUUUGGAGCCCUUGUGGCCAUCCUAGGUCAUGCUCAGGGCUUCGUAAUAACGUCUGGAAGUGCCCUAGUAAGCAGGGAGCAGUUCACCUGGCGGAUAAUCAUCUCUACAGCGGUAUUCGCCUUUGCCUGGUGGCACCAAUGGCGAUCAAAUGUAAUUCUAGCCCGUUUAAGAACAGACUCCAAUGGGAAUGUUGUAACGGAGAAGCAUUUAAUGCCUACUGGAGGCUUCUUUGAAAUCAUUUCAUCCCCUCACAUGAUGUUCGAGUGUUUGAUCUACCUAUCACUAAUCCCAAUGCUUCCCGGAAAUGCCCUUUGGCUGCUGAUCUGUGCGUGGGUCAUUGCAAAUCAAACACAAGUUGCCCAUUUAACGCACAUUUGGUACAAAGAAACUUUCCCAAAGUACCCAAAACAGCGCAGAGCGAUCAUCCCUUGGGUUUUCUAA